GGAUGGACGGAGCCAUAUUGGUGGCUCCGAUCUUGGACGAGGAGUCCGAGCACCAGGUAUAUUUGCCGAACGGCAGCUGGUAUGAGCUAUUCACGAACAAGGUCAAGAAGGGGCCCACCGAGCGGCGAGGGAACUCGGGCCUCGACGAGAUACCCGCGUACGUGAGGCCCGGCACCAUCGUCACGCUGGGCCCGGUGAUCCAGCACAUGGGCGAGCUGCCGGGCGGGGCCCUGAAGGUGCACGUCUACGCGGGAGCCGACGCCGAGUUCGAGCUCGUGGAGGACGACGGCGACACGUACCUCUACAAGGACGGAGAGGUGCGCAACACGCUGUUCAAGUGGGACAACGCCGCCGGCGAGCUCUCGUGGAAGGCUUCCGUGCGGAGCGCGAUCCGCGCGCACUGCGCGAGGGAGCGCGGCACCGCGCCAGCUUGCCCGGUGAAGUACCGCGAAAGCGUUUUGCUGCACGAUGUCUUGUUCGGCACCCAUACGAAGAGUGCGCGGCUGAGGCUGGUCAACAUCCCGCGGCUUGGCAAUCUAGCCGACCCGCCCGCGGUGCAAGCGGUAGUGGCGCCGUGCAACCUGGGCCUAGUGCCGAAGCCUGCGCAGUGGGUCGUCCAGCCGCGCUAUUCGCUCGAGGUGGAGGGUGGCGUCUACGCCCGCGGCGGCGUCGGGGUGCGGGAGUUGGACGACGUCGUCGCCAGGCUGGACGUGCGGGCCCCGUGCAGCGCGGGCAUGCUGCGCAGCAUCCCGCUGCGCCGGCAGGAUGCGUGCGACAUGACGAUUCUGGGCUUGGCCACGUCGCGCUCCCUCACCGUGGCGCCCGACAACAUGAAGACCCGGGUGGCGGAGUCUCUCAGGAGGCCCAUCUCGCACCACCACGGGCACGCCAGCACCAAGGGACGGGGAGCCCUGGACCGCCUCGUCCGGCAGCGGGUCUGGCAGCGGGUCCGGCAGCCAGUCUGGCAGCCGUUCCGCCUAAGGGUGAUCUUUGCGCUCCCGCCCGGGUGGCCCGCCGAGUGGGCAGGCAUCGCCUUCCAGGGCCCCAGGUGGUACGUUCUUCGGCGGAGGCACGGCGGACACGUUCUUCGGCCAGGCGGCGCUGGCGGAGAAGCAGGCGCGCCCGCGUGCCCCGAGCAGCAGAUGGGAGGCGACACCGCGACCAAGGGCAAGUCCAAGGGCAAGGGCAGCGGUGGCAAGCUGAUCUCGUCAUCGCUGCCGUGUAAGUACUUCGGGUCCGCCAAGGGGUGCAAUUUCGGGGACGACUGCGCGUACAAGCACAACAACCCGAACUCGGUGGCGCCGUGCAAGAACUUCGCCAGCCCCGAGGGCUGCAAGCACGGCGACAAGUGCUUCUACCGCCACACCGACUUGGAAAUUCCACAGGAGAAGGUGAAGGGCAAGGGCAAGGGGGCCGCAGAGUCUUGA